ACCUGGAACCCCCUCCAGAUGACGUUGCACUGUGUCUUUGUUGUCAAUCGAAAGAUGUCGCCAAGGUUUUUUUCAGCGUCCUAGCACGACAGGUGCGAUGGCACUGUCCAGAACACCGCGAUGAUUCCUUCUCCAACAAUAUUCAUUCGCCGUUUUUCUGUGCGAAUUCCAAAUAAAUGGCGGAGUGGUUUAUGCAUCACCUAACCCCAUAAUCUGAACAGGGGAUCCGGAGCAGGGACCUCGCUAACAAGUCAGGCUAGCUAGCCAUCGAAAAAAGCUGUGGUCAUCCUACAUGAUGCGUGACCACAUCCAGGCCAGCCAGCACCACCUGUUCCUGUCCCCGUCCUUUUGGGCCAGCCUGCCAGCUCACCCUUCUCCCUAAAGACCCCUUUUCCCCUCUUCCCCAGCGCCCCCCCCCCCCCCACCCCCCACCCAGCUCCAGACAAGAUGGCAGACAGAAAGGAGCCGCCGUUCUACGAUGACCACAGCCCGGGACCGUUCCAGUACAAGCUCCCCAUCUACGAGACCAUGGAGCUCUUCAUAGAGACGCUGACGGGCACCUGCUUCGAGCUGCGAGUGUCCCCGUUCGAGGCAGUCCUCUCGGUCAAGUCUAAAAUCCAGAGGCUGGAAGGCAUCCCUGUUGCCCAGCAACACCUUAUCUGGAACAAUCUGGAGCUGGAUGACGACUACUGUCUGCACGACUAUGGCAUUGCAGAGGGCUGCACACUGAAGCUGGUCUUGGCGAUGAGGGGUGGACCCAUUAACACCCGCAGAGUGACUAUGGAGGACCCCAUGAAGGAGGUGGCUGAGCUGAUGGAGGGCAGCCGGGAGGAGGGCUGGGGGCCGCGGGGCGGCACGGGCCCCAGGCAGGUCACCUUCCUGGUGUACCGCGAGGGCGACCAGCUCAACUUCUUCCGCGUGGUGGACCGGGGCGACGGCACCCUCACACCCCUCUCAGAGUCCAUGAGCGCCAGCAGCUCAGUGUGUCACGUGUUCGGCGAUGACGAGGCGGACGGGGAGUGCGGCGCCGUGGCCCAGCAGAACCUGGAGAACUCCAUCACCAUGAGCAAGAUGAAGCUGCUCAAGGCCAAGAUGGAGGACAUGAACCUCAGCAAGAAGAAGUCUGCCAAGCUGAAGCCACACCCCCCCGCCGGCCCCCUGCCCGGCCCCUGUCCCCAGGGGCCGCCCAGCGCCCGCCACCACCACCGCCUCUUCCGCGCGCUCCCCCAACUCAACCACCCGUGGCACGCGCACACCCACCUACCUCCGCUCCGGGACCGGGAGACCGCCGGGCCGUCCCCGCCCGCGGCGCAGCACUCCUCCUCCUCCUCCUCGCUGCACCUGUCCCAGCUGGCCCGGCGGGCCCCGCCCCCGUUCUCCUCCUCCUGCUACAUGCUGCAGGAGGAGGAGCCGUGGGAGACGGGCGCCCCGCCGGCCAGGAUCCGCCCGCCGCCCAAGGUGUCCCGGCUGGACGUGGGCGGCAGCAGGCUGACCCGGGACUGCGUGUACCCGCAGCUGCCCCCGCUCUCCGCCCGGACGCCGCGGCCUCCCGAGGCCGGCCCGGAGGCAGGCCGGCCCGGCGCGGAGGGCCCGACGGAGCGCCACGUGUCGGACAUGUCCAGCCAGGCCCGGGGAGGAGGAGGAGGAGGAGGAGGAGGAGGAGGAGGGGGAGGAGGAGGGGGACGGCCCUCCCUGGAGCUUCCCCCCAGCCCCUCCCUGCUCAGCACCUGGGCAUUAGGGCCCGGCGACAGGAGGACGCCACUCGGCAGCUCCGUGCACGUCGGCCCGUCCCCACCGCGGCUUUCGGCCGCGUCGAAGGCCGCCCCCCCGGACAGGGCGCUGCCUCAGCCCUUUGAGUUCACCGGCUCCCCCUCCCCCUCCCCACCCCCCCCCUCCUCCUCCUCCUGCUCCUACUCCGACUGCAACCCUCAAGCACAACUGGCCGCCCCGACGGAGCCCAGCAGCCCCCCGCCCCCCCAGCCGUCCUGCUCCUCCGGCGGCCCCCCUCCCCGCCCGCUGCGCCUCCGGGGCAUCAAGGUGGACACGCCGGGCAAGAGGCCCGAGAUCCUCUCCAAGGAGGCGGCCCGGGGCAUCACCAAGCUGGCCAACCACGCCUGCAAGGAGCCCCUGGGGACGCUGAGCAACUCCCAGCUCCUGGCUUCGCUGGCGGCCUCCAGGGCCUCCGGGGCCCGCGCCGAGGCGGCGGGUCAGGGCCCGGUGGACAGGCGUCCAUCAGGCCUUCCUCCCAACUCCAGACAGGUGGGCCCGGGCUCCAAGCCCCCUGCCGCGGCGGCCAGCGCACAGCUCUUUCAGGAUGACCUUCUGAGACAGAUCUCCCCCAUGCACAGAGCCGCGACGCACAUGGCAUCCAACGGUGUGGGCUCGGCAGGCGGGGUUUCCACGACCAUCCGGCGACUCGGCACUCCAACAUACCACCUACCUCCAGUCAAGGCCCCCGUAGGCAGCAAGAAGAAGAUCUCCAAGCACUGCCUCCGCUGUGGCAAGAAGACUGGCCUGGCGAGCAGCUAUGAGUGCAGGUGCGGCAACAACUUCUGCGCGACGCAUCGCUACGCCGAGGCCCACGACUGCACCUACGACUACAAGGGAGCGGGGCGCCGCUUCCUCCAGGACACCCACCCCCUCGUCAGCGCGCCCAAGCUGCCCAAGAUCUAGCUCAAGAGACAGGGGGGGCGACGCCGCGGUCCACCGCCCGGAACGAACCCAUAGGUGACGACGCCAACGCAACGGAAGGAGAAUGAGUUUAAUCUGAAGAUGAUUUAAAGAUUGAGAGGACAAAAUGAACUUGAUCACCGCCUUGUGCUUACAUCACCUAAGUUUGCUUUAAAGGUCAAUGAGAAAACAAGUGGUCUUUUUGAUCAGCCAAGUAUGAAAACUACAAAUAAUAUUCUUAAGGGCACAGAACUAGUAGAUAUCACUUGUGAAUGAUGUGAAAGGAAACUUAUUUACUUUCUCCCCUUCCUGAACUUCAUCAGUAGCAAAAAAAACACCUUAACAAAAACAGAUGUGUGCAUGUACAUAUAGUUUGUUUUGGAAAAUAAUAUGUCUAUUGCACGUUCAAUCUGUGUGUGUGUGUGUGUGUUUUAUAUACAUCUAUAUAUAUUUAUACAUAUAUGUAGAUGUGUAUAUCCUUUUCUGGUAUUGUUUGUUCGGACUGUUUCAAUUUUUCUGACUAGGACUGUGGAUUACUUUUCAUGCAGUCUUUGAGAGAUGCACUUUAGAAUUAUAUUUAUACAAACCAUUUAUCCUUAUUGUGGGGGAGGCUCCUACAUUUACGUGUUUGUCUCUGUUAUGAAGUGUUAAUAUUAUAUUUCAUCAAGAAUUUUAUAAUCCAAUCUACUUUUCCCCCUCUUUAUUAUAUCGGCACAUAAAAGCGUAAGCACAUACUUGCUUUUCCGGCUUUCACUUCAACACAGCGUACUUGUUUAUCAAGAAGAUACGUUUUUAAAUGGCAAUUAUGCAAUCUAUGUAGUUGUGAAUGUCAGCUGUAAUGUGUUUUUAUUUAAAAAGGAAGACGAUUCUUGGAUGAGAGGAUGAGAUUUAGGUAUUUAUUAUGUAUCUUCAGAAAGGUGGUUGCCAUAAUAUCUUUUGUAAUUUGUUUGUUUUAUUAAUAUUAUUGUGCAGCUUUUGUUGCAAAAUCUAAGUGCUGUUCUAUUUACAGUAAGUACAGAAGUUUGAUCUAAUAAAUUAAGUUUGUUUCCAUG